GCCAACCAGGCAUAGCAGCAGAACUUUGUGUAGUUGUUCCUUCCACCAACAUCCAAUAAUCAAACCCACAUAGUUUUUGGGAUUUCACUUCCAGAAUGAGUUUAAUUACCCAGUGAAAGAGUCGAGCUGAGCUGAUAAUCAGCCGACAGCGAGGCGCUGCAGCAGCAGGUGGAACUAACAGGCUCCUGCUGGCCUACUUAUCCUGCUCACUAAUGCUGCAUAAGCUCCCCAAUGCUGCCUCACACACUCUCUGACACACACACACACUUCUGUGACACAGCUAGCUCCUUCCAGCUCUGGAGCCAAAGCAUGAAGACAUGAAUCUGUGACAAAUCAGGUCUGCAGCCAGCGAAGCCGAGACAGCAGCCGACCGCAGGUCAGUCGGACGGAGAGGUGAAGGAAGAAAAUGUCAAGGAUGUUUUGUCUGUUGCUGUGGCAGCUAAUUCUCAGAGUUUCCUGCCAUGUUGCUACAGCUAGUCUGUGUACGGCCGGCUCCAAUAUCUUUGCGUCUGUCAGGGAGAACAGUCCAGUGGGUCAGUUCAUCUCACACAUCAGCAUCAGAUCUGACCCAGGAGCCAACACCGUGCGUCUGUGCCUGACUGGACCGAAUGCCAACUGGUUCUACUUAGAAGGUCGGACCAUCAGACUCAACUCGUCUGCAUCCAGAGUCCUGGACCGAGAGGUUCUGGGUCCAUUUCUGAUAGCUGAGCUCACCUGUUAUGAGGACGAUAUCAAACAAAGCCACUACAGGAUUCUGGUGGAGAUUCUGAAUGAAAAUGACAACAAACCAAAGUUCCUGGAGGAGACCAUCCAACCGUUCAGCAUCAGUGAGGUUGCAGCAGUAAACUCUGUGGUUUUCACUGUGAAGGCUGUCGACUCAGAUGGAGAUAUGAUCAGCUACUUCAUCGACCAAUCCUCGGAAGAUGCCUGGUUCUUCAGGAUCGACUUGCCCAACAGUGGGAAAGUGGUGCUGAGCAAACCUCUGGACUAUGAGAGCAGAACUCGCCUACAGAUCAUCAUGUGGGCCCAGGAAUCAAACACUGAGGAGAAGUUCAACAUCUCCACUGUCCUCACCAUCGACAUCGAGGAUGUUGAUGACCAGUAUCCUCACUUCCUGCCCUGCACACCUGUGUCCCCACGUGUCCCGAUCUGCAUGAACCCAACCUACACAGCCAACAUCACAGGAAAACAGCAGGACUCGGUUCUGGAGUUUUCUCCUGGACCAAUCAGAGCCAGGGAUGGCGAUCGAGGCAUCAACGCUCCUCUCAUGUAUACAAUCUUGUCAGGUGACAAUCAUGGCAGGUUUGUGAUGGACAACAGGACAGGUGAGAUCAGGGUAACCAGAGCUGUAGACGAGCGUCAGCCAGGAGCAAACUUCACGCUCGCCGUCAUGGUGUGUCAGGUAGAGGACCGGUUAAAGUACAGCGUGGCCACGGUUGUGGUCAGGGUUCUCAGUGAGAACUCCUUCCCACCGGUCUUUAACGCAACCACCUUCAAAGGCUUCAUCAUCCAGAGCUCAAGCCCCGCCUCCAUCGUUUCCACCUAUGGGAACCAGGUGUUGCAGGUCCAGGUAUCGGACCAGGAUUUCUCUGACGGAGUGAACCCAAACAUCCGGUUCCUCCUCCAUCCGCCGUCCCGACUGUACCAGGUGACCCAGGAGGGGGUUCUGAUUGCCCGGACGGACCAGCUGAGGGCCUUUGACAGACACAUUCUGCAGGUUGUUGCCAGGGAUGAAGAAUCAGGAGAGGAAGCUUCAGCCUCAGUGGACAUUGAAGUCCUGCAGCGAGGACAGGCAGUGCCUCAUGGUGCGUUCACAGAGCAACAGCUGUUUGGGGAUGUGGACAGCAGGUUGGCAGGAGGAAUCGCAGCGCUGAUCCUGCUGAUGUUUCUGUCAGCCUUCCUGUUUCUGCUGCUUCGAUUCGUGCGAAGGCGCCGGCCACAGGAAGCUGAUGUCCUGCCAGCCACCACAACUUUGAAGCAUCAUAAGCAAAGAGCUGUGGAGAAGCGGCUGCAGCCUCAGGGAGCAGAAGAUGACAUCUCCUGAAGAGGAAGUGAAACCUGACGAAGCUGACAGACCAACCUUCACACCAGAUGUUUAGAUAAUGGUGGUAAAUGGCCGGUACCUGUAAAACGCUUAGACCAGAGGACCCCAAAGUGCUUCACACUGCAUCCAGUCAUUCACUGUCUGAUGGUGGGAAGCUACUGGAUGGUAGCCACAGCUGCCCUGGGCCAGCCUGACAGAAGCAAGGCUGCCAUGCAACAACGCCACCUAUUGGGCUCAACCACCAGCAGGCAAGAUGAGUGAACAACAGAGGCAGAUGAAGCAGGAAUCAAACCACCAACUCACUGACUACGGAGCAAACUCCUACCACCAUCUUAGGAACCUCAGAACCCUGUUCAGCCGGAUCAAGGUUCAGGGUUCUGUUGGACCAUCGAAAAAUGAUCCAACAGAACAAUUUAAGAUGAACGAUCUGCUGCAGCUGAUUGGCAACAAACAUUGACUAUGGAAAAGAUUCAGAACCUUGAGAAGGUCCAGGAGAACCACAAAACAGACGAUGGAGACGUCUCUGAACCACUGCUCCAGUCCAUCAGAGGGUCACCAUUAACCUAGUGUUAACGGUGAAAACCGACCCAUACCGAUUCUGGUCUCACAGACCCGCUAACUGCUGAACACCAAGACCAGAGUCUGGGUGUUGGAGAGGUCAAAGGUCAGCCCCGGGUUCUCUGUUUCCUCUUCAGCUUCCAACCAGGAGGAAGCUGCAGUUCAUGAUGCACCACUGAUUACUUCAUCUACAGAAUGUCCCAACUGUAGGGAGACAUCUCCCUUCAUUUGAGGACAUGAUGGCAUCCCGUAGCCAUGAUGUCCCCAGCAGGAGUUUGCU